AUGGGGAAGAACAAAAAUGUUGAGCAAAACAAAGUAAUAGUUGUAGAAUUCAAGGUUUCAAUGCACUGUAACGCCUGUGAGAGAACCGUUGCCAAAGCCAUCUCCAAAUGUAAAGGAGUGGAGAAGUUCAUUACGGACAUGAACAAACACCGAGUGGUGGUAACGGGUCGAAUUGAUCCAAAAAAAGUAUUGAAAAAAAUAAAAAAGAAAACGGGGAAGAGAGUGGAGAUUGUGUCUAACAAGGAUGAGGAGUCAAACGAUGAAACUCAUGAAUCGGAUAAGCUUGUUCUAAUGCACCAGUUUGUGCUUCAAAAUGAUUGUUGCAUUAAGACCGAAACGCUGAUGAUGUUCAGCGAUGAGAACCCAAAUGCGUGUGCACUAAUGUAG